AUUAAAUAUAACCGCCCUCACCAAAGUAACAGAUGGUUUUAAUCAGACGAGGGUGGUUAAUCAAUAUAACAAGUCUUCAUCACAAAGAGUUAUGGGAUUGAAUGAAAGAGUUGGCCAACCUGUUUUGUUUGAAAGUCAGACUACCACCAGUGGAAGAAUUUUGUUGCCAACACUACCUAGCGGUGAUUCACCUGUUUCCUCAACACCCGGGUCGAUUCAAAAUGUUGGAAUGAAACUGCCAGUGACAGAAAAGAACAAAGAAUCCAGAUCAGAACUGCCCAGACUGUUCAUGAUAUCCAGGCAUGAAAAUUCGGAGGAUGAUAACAGUGAUGAUCAUUGUGAGAAACUAUCUUUGAAUGGCUAUAAACAGGGAGUGUCACAUGCAGAACCUCAAAUCUCAAGUGUCAAACACAGAACCUCGAAUAAUCAACAAAUCUUAAAAACCAUCUCUAAUAAAGAUGACAAAGAAGAGAAGAACAAAACAAAAAAUGAAACUAAUACAACAGAGGCUUGUGAAAUCACCUUGAAUUGUUGUACUAUAUUCAGAGACAAUGUCAUCGACACCUUAUUGGAGGAAGAGGAAGAUAGUAAGCAGGAAGAUCACUACAAUCAAAAUGAUAAUUAUGUGGAUGUGUUUGUUUAUGGGUUACAUUGUCGUGGUUUGUUAGAAACUGGAGCUCAAUGUAGCUCCAAAACUCGAUUAUGUGGAUGUAGUUGUUUAUGGGUUACAUUGUCGUUGUUUGUUAGACACUGGAGCUCAAUGUAGCAUUAUACAGAGUGACCUUUUCUCAAGAAUAAAGGAAAAGCACAAGAUAGCCAUUUUGCCUCUCUCACCACCACCUUCAUACGUGGAAUCAACUAUGGUUGCCGCACUCGUAUCACUAUCAAAUGCCUGUUUGACUUAGAAAUCAGUGGCAAAACGUUUUCACAUGUCUUCCUUGUACUACCUUCGAAAUGUCCUUUACUCAUCAUUGGUGCAGACUUUCUAAAAUACUUCCAGAGCAUAAUCAACCUAAGGGAUUCAACAAUAUCACUACAGAUUUUGGAGGGUCAAUCAACCAUAACUGUGAAUGCAACUAUUGUACCAGGAGAUUUUGUUGGACAUAUUAGCGAAGUCUAUCGAGUCUACCAUGAUCCAGAGUUUGUUCCCCGUGAGUUUGGUCAGCAUGAUCUGGAAGAGAGGUUGAGUGACUAUCAUGCCUUCAUAAAUUUGCAGUCAGACAGCGUGAUAGAUAACACUGAUAAAUAUCUCCAAGAAAUACUGGAUGGAAUUAAGUCACAGCCCUGGGAUGAAAAGGAGAUCCUGAGGAUAGUGAGAAUGUUGGGAGGUAAUGGGGAAGUAUUUUCAGAACUACCAGGUCGCGCAACACAUUUCACCUGUCACUUGGAGGCUCAACCACAUAACAAAUAUUUUCACAAGUCUUACCCUAUUCCAUUUGCUCGCCGAUCGGCUGCCGAUAAAGAGAUUCAGCAGAUGGAAGAUCUCAGAAUAAUUGAAUCAUCAUCAGCUCAAUACAGCUUACCACUGGUUUGUGUUGGUAAGAAAGAUGGAACAUUUCCUUGAUGAUGUUAUGCUCAAGCAUCCUGACCUUUCUAAGCCAUUCUACAUAAAUGUGGAUGCUUCACACCAUGCAAUAGGAUCUGGAAUCUUCCAGUUGGAUGAUAAUGUAGAGAAAGGUGUGGUGGGCUUUUUCAGUAAGACAUUAAUCCCUGCACAACGGCGGUACUCUGUCAUUGAAAAAGAGCUCCUCAGCAUCAUUCAGGUAUGUUUGAAAUAUAGCACCCUACUCCUAGGACACAAGAUCUAUGUGAACACCGACCACCGUGCACUCACAUUCUUGAAGACUGCCAAGCUGACCAACAACUGAUAUCACGCUGAUUUCUUGCUCUCCAAGAAUUUGACAUCCAGAUGACGCAUCUCCCUGGCAAGCAAAACUGCACAGCAGACUUCCUGUCCCGUGAAGUAGAUGCCACCCACACUGCAGAACAGACAUUUGCGUGCUAUGCUGUGGACAAUGUUGCCCCAGUCCCAUUUCCAGAGGGUAUCAAAUCAAAGGACCCCAGCCAGCUGUUAACGGUAAACAACGUGGUUGAGUCACAGAAAGGUGAUGACCGUUUGAGAGUCAUCAGGGAGCAGUUACUCUCCAACACUCCAGCCACACUUGACAAAGAGUAUCUGAAACAGUAUACACUAUAUCAGGAUAUAUUUUUCCAUCGAUCCCGGCCUGAUUCAUAUUGUGGGAAGAUAGUUAUCCCGGAGCAACUGAUAGUGCCAACAAUCAGAGAGAUGCAUGAGCGCUUAGGCCACUUUGGAGCUAAACGAAUCUACAGAGCCCUAAAGGAGCUAUGCACGCUCGAAGGAAUGCAUAGACACGUCAGUCGCAUCACCACUGCUUGUGACAUCUGUCAACGCACCAAACAUGAUCACUUUCUGAUAAGAGGCAAGAUGCUACCAAUCAUACCGGACAAACCACUGGACCUACUAUCUACAGAUAUGUAGAUCAUACUGUAUCACUCAGCAGUGGAUACCUCAAGUUGGUAGACCUCUUCGUAUACUUUCUGACAAUGCCACUUACUUCUGCAGCAAGAAGUGGCAAGACAUCUUACAUGGUGAAAACAUUCUGCUUUCCUACACCUCCAGUUACAGUCCCAGCGGAAAUCCUGUGGAGAGGAGUAUGGCUGAAAUAUCAAGGUUCAUGAGAGUAUACUGCCAGGAUGCACAUCAACAUUGGGUGAGAUACCUACCUUUCCUUGAAAUGUGUUUGAACCAUUCUUACAAUGAAACUACAGGGGCUACACCACAUGAGGUCGUCUUUGGCACCAAGAGCACAAACUUUCUACAAGAUCUAAUUGAAUUCCCGACUGGACAUCAAGAGAUGGUCAUACCCACCAUACAGCUUGUCAGGCAGAAUCUGGAAAAGGCAGCAAGCCAAUGGAAGAAGCAACAUGACAAGCAUGUCAGGACUUACCAGUACACAGUUGGACGAGAAGUAUUGCUAAGAUCCCACCAUACUUCUGAUGCCCUUGGGAAAGUGACCAAGAAGUUCUUCCAUCUCUAUAUAGGACCCUACACUAUCACCAAAGUAUCCAGAUGCAACACUGUCCAUCUAAAGAAUCCUCAGACAAAUGAAGUGGUUGGAUGGACAAAUGUCCUCAACAUCAAACCCUAUUGGCAUGAGACAUAGUUGGAUCAGUCUAUUCCAUCAGAUCAAAAAUUG